CUUCUCUACUGCAAACUAUAUUCGACUCGAUUUGAGAAUGCUCACUAUCGCUUCACUCGCUUAAGAGUUGGGCAGUGACCUUUGCGUCUGGCCAAGCCUCCUCAAGCUCGAAGAGGCAUUGACACUCGCUGCAAAGCGUGGCACGACGAAAAAUGGACUCGAUGGAAUCAACCAAACGACAUAUUGCACCCUUGAAAAUUGAAAAAGGGCACUCGAAUUUCCACAUGAACCGUUCCUACUCCGCUCAGCAUCAUCUCGAGAUGAGCCCUCCUCUCACGCCCUAUAGUGGUGGAGACGACAGUUCGGAAACACCAAGGAUUGUCUUUCACAACUAUCUUCGCGCAUUCUAUCCUUACCACCCUUCGGGCAAUGUGUCCCCAUCAACCGUCACCCUUCCGCUCGACCAAGGCGACAUCAUCCUUGUACAUUCCGUUCACACCAAUGGCUGGGCCGAUGGCACCUUGUUGGAUACAGGCGCCCGGGGCUGGUUACCCACAAACUAUUGUGAAGCGUAUGAUCAACAACAAAUGCGCCCACUGCUCAAGGCGUUGACCGACUUCUGGGACAUCAUCCGAGGUGAGUGUGGGUUUGUUGUAAACGAUACGGGCAAUCAAGACCUAGUACGAGGCUUGAUCGCUGGUGUCCGUUAUCUCUUGCAAAAAUCCGAAUGCCUCACCCGCGAUUGCAUGCUGGUGACAAAUCAUGACGGUUUGCGCAGGAACCGCAAGGGAUUGCUGGCGGAUUUGUCGUCCUUGGUCCGGACCACCAAAAAGUUCCAGGAAAUCGCUCAGAAGAAUGUUAUGCAGGAUGAUAUCGACUACUUGGUGGAUGAGAUGCUGCUCAAGGCUUUCCGCAUUGUGACUCGCGGGGUUCGCUUCCUCGAUGUGUGGAAUGAAGAGGUUGGAUUGAGUAGGACGAUCGCCGAACUCGAGCAACACUCAACGCACUACGACCUCUCGGGGCGGACAUUCACCGAGGCACAAUCCAUAACGGAAAGAACACCGUCAGAAGCGGAGACUGAGCGAAACGAAUCGAGACUGCUUAACCGGAGCCGAUUAGAUAUGAGUCGGGCAUCGACUUGCAUGGAAGAUGCGCAACCAGUGCGAUCUGUGUCGGUGGCCACUAAGCGGAUUUCCAUAUCCCACCGAGUAUCUUACUCGGGACCCGCUGCCGCUGGCCGGAAUCCUAACUUAGCGUCGGAGCGACUGAACUCGUCAUACGACGCCUUUCUUGGCGUGUUGGGCUCUUUCAUUGGGCUGCAUCUUCAGUCGCGGUCAUCGACGGAACUAGUGGUGACCACAGAGCAGUCCGUGCGCUCGUGCCGGGCUCUACUGACGGUCAUUGAGGCCGCCUGUGAGCAUGACCCACAAGGCAGUGGGUUGUUGGAACAGGCCAGAGACGCCAUGUACGAACGACUUUCCGAAUUAGUGUACGCUGCGCGCGACGCCUUCCGCCCACCUCAUUCCCCUGACGAUGAGCUAGUGUUUUUGCCCGAUGAGGGCAAGCGCUUGGUGGACGCCGCCACGGACUGUGUCCGCGCGGCGGGGAAUUGCCUGGCCAAAGCGCGCUCGAUGCUGGAACAUUGUGGCGACUUUGAGCUCGAGGCCAUGCCCCAGGAUGUGGCCCCUGCGGCGAUAAUGCUGCCGGACCUGAACCUGACCCCGCAACCGCCGCAGAAGGGCACUUUCGACGGUGACUCAUCCCGCCCGCAGGAUAUCUCGCUUCGAUUGCCUCCCCCUCUUCAGAUCCCUAAUUUGACUGAUGCUGGUUACUCGUCCUCCCCUCCGGCACUGACUGAUGACAGCACCCCUUCUUCUUUCCAAUCGCGUGGUGGAGCUAUCACCCCAGCCACCGCUAACACCGAGAUUUCCUCCUUCCAGUCCACAAAUAUCCAUUCAACGAGUUUGGAUAAACUCUCAUUCUCUUCCCAUGAUACGCAAUCUUUUGAACACCGGAACAGUCAGCCUAAGUCCGAGGCGAGUGAUUCGUUUGGCCGUGGGGUAACAAGCAAUGGAAGUAGCUUCACGUUCCAUAGUCGCCUUCGGGAUUCAGAAAUGAGCGGCGUCUCACAGACGUCGACCCGAGCUACUUCGCCAGAUAUCGGGAACAGCUACCAGAUCCCUCACUUGAGGGGCAGCGUGAGCCAUUCCACACUGGCCGAAGAGCAUGAAGAAACUGAGGCCAACGUUCUCGAGCGAACCUACGCUCACGAACUAAUCUUCAAAGACGGUCAGGUGAUGGGCGGCAGCCUUCGUGCUCUCGUCGAGAAGCUCACAGCUCAUCAAUCAACCCCGGAUGCCAUGUUCGUUUCGACGUUCUAUCUGACCUUCCGCUUAUUCGCGUCGCCUUUGGAGUUCGCUGAAACCUUAGUUGAUCGGUUCAACUACAUUGGUGACACCCCCCACGCCGCAGGGCCAGUUCGUCUUCGCGUAUACAACGUUUUCAAGGGCUGGCUUGAGUCGCACUGGCGGCAUGAUUGUGACAACGCCGCCCUAGAUUAUAUUAUCGGUUUUGCCAACACGAACCUCAGGUAUAACCUGCCUACUGCCAGCAAGCGUCUCCUGGAACUUGCGGAGAAGGUUUCCAUGGUUCAUGGCCCGGUUGUGCCGCGUCUGGUUUCCUCGAUAGGAAAGACCAAUACAGCAACCGCCCAAUAUAUUCAUCCUGAUACACCCCUCCCCCCCCCCGUCCUGGGAAAGAAGGAGCUGGGUCUGUUGAAGCAGUGGAAGACAGGGGAAAGCAGCAUCUCAAUCCUCGAUUUCGACCCUCUGGAAUUGGCCCGCCAAUUCACCAUCAAAGAGUCGCGGAUCUUCUGUGCUAUCUUGCCCGAGGAGUUGCUUGCCACCGAGUGGAUGAAGAAGUCUGCCUCUCUGGCGGUCAAUGUUCGCGCCAUGUCAACCUUGUCGACAGAUUUGGCGCACCUUGUGGCAGACUCGAUACUCCAGCUUGAGGAACCGAAGAAGCGGGCGGCUAUUAUCAAGCAUUGGGUUAAGAUUGCGAACAAGUGCUUGGAGCUGAACAACUACGACUCUUUGAUGGCCAUCAUUUGCUCGUUGAACUCAUCGAUGAUAUCGCGUCUCAAGCGGACUUGGGAGGCUGUAUCCCAGAAGACGAAGACUACACUCGAGUCUCUUCGUGGGAUUGUCGACGUCUCGCGCAACUACGCUGUACUUCGGCAGCGACUACAGAAUCAUGUACCGCCUUGUUUACCGUUUGUCGGCACCUACCUGACCGACCUGACAUUCGUCGACCACGGUAACCAGCCGCUCCGUUCCCUGCCCACGGACGAUGGGGAAAUGGCCGUGAUCAACUUUGACAAGCACAUGAAGACGGCGAAAAUCAUUAGCGAAUUGCAACGCUUCCAGAUUCCAUACCGUCUCACUGAGGUUCCAGAGUUGCAGGCUUGGAUGCAAAACGAGUUAGUUCGGGUUCGUUCAAACGGCGAAAAGAGUCUACAGACGUUUUAUCGUCGGUCACUCGUCCUAGAACCCCGUGAGGCACCUCAACAGCAACGCACCUUGCAGACAGAGUCCAGUUCCUCUUCCAUUCUUGAGAAUGCCAAGGACAAAUUUGAUUUUCUAUUAUGGACGCAUCCCUCAAAAACAAAAUCGGUAGCUACAAACGGCUGAAUCUGGAUAAUUUCAGCCAUGACGGCAGCCAGUUACGAUUUACGAGCCUUUUCAAUUCAUGUUGGCACGGACUUACCACCUUACUCUUCUUUACUUCUUUAUCUUCGACAUUGUCAUUAUCUU